GAUUGAUAAGUGGGAAGGGAAGGGGGUGCUUAUUGUUUAUGAAAAAAAGUAAUAAUUUUGAGUAUCCAAAUCAUUGCCUUGAACUUUUAGUUGAGGCAAACAAAUCUAAAUCUCCUGAUAAUCCAAGAUUGAUUACUACCAACUAAUCCAAUUCUCUUCUGAUAUUACCUAGACAUCAAUAAAACCCCACCUGAGGUUAUGUCAAAAGAAAUUCCAAGAAAUAGAUGAAUAAAAGGAAACAAAAAAGCAAUCUAAUUUGUCAGGCCACCAGAAGCAGCUUUAUCUGAUCUCUCUGUCUUUUUAAUGAUUCCAUAGCCCUUCUCUCUCCAAGAUUAUUUCACAAUAAAUCCAAGCUUCGAAAUAUAUAUAUUUUUCUUUCUUUCACACUCCUCCUCUUGCACCUGUUCCAUGCUUGUGCUUCUUUAUUGCUUUGUCUGUGUAUGUAAAACUUCUGCAACGUCUCAGCAGUGGUGCAGAAAGUUUUGUUUCAGAUCCCAUUAGACUGCCUCCGAUCUCCUAUCUCUCUCACUCUCUCUCUCUCUCUCUCUCUCUCUCUCUCUCUCUCUUACACCACUAACAAGAAAGCACUGUUCAUUAUAUCUCUCUCCCUUGCAUCACACAUUAAACACUGUAUCACUCUGAAAUACGAGUCUUUCUUGUGGUCCUAAAAACACUUUACAGUUACCUUUCGAUCUUCGCUCUCUUUGUAAUUUCCCCUUUUGUUUUGUCCUAACAGACAAAUGCAAGAACCAAACUUGGGUAUGAUGAGCAGUGGUAGCAGUAGGGCAAUUGGUGGUUUAAACAGUGUAGAAGUGUCUAUGUCUCCAACCGGAGACCAGACUCCCCAACUCAAGGCGGAAAUAGCUACCCAUCCUCUGUAUGAACAGCUACUAGCGGCCCAUGUGUCUUGUCUCCGCGUUGCUACACCGAUUGACCAGUUGCCUCUUAUUGAUGCUCAGUUAUCAGAGUCUCAGCAUCUUCUACGGUCUUAUGCUUCACACCAUAACCAAUAUGGCCGUUCUCUCUCUUCCCAUGAAAGGCAGGAUCUUGACAACUUUUUGGCACAGUAUUUGAUAGUAUUGUGUAGUUUCAAGGACCAACUUCAACAACAUGUCAGAGUCCACGCUGUUGAAGCAGUGAUGGCCUGCCGGGAAAUUGAAAACACUUUACAAGCUCUCACUGGAGUAAGUCUAUGCGAAGGCACAGGUGCAACAAUGUCUGAUGAUGAGGAUGAUCUGGAAAUGGAUCUCUCUUUAGAUCAAUCCAGUGGUGAUGGGCAUGACCUCAUGGGAUUUGGUCCUCUGCUUCCAACAGAAUCUGAAAGGUCUCUCAUGGAGAGAGUUCGGCAAGAAUUGAAGAUUGAAUUAAAGCAGGGUUUUAAAUCAAGAAUUGAAGAUGUCAGGGAGGAAAUAUUAAGAAAAAGAAGGGCUGGAAAACUUCCAGGUGAUACAACCAUAGUGCUGAAAAAUUGGUGGCAGCAACACUCUAAGUGGCCAUACCCAACAGAAGACGACAAGGCAAAACUUGUGGAGGAGACAGGCUUGCAACUAAAGCAGAUCAAUAACUGGUUCAUCAAUCAAAGGAAGCGAAACUGGCACAGCAAUUCUCAAUCUGUGACAUCUUUGAAGUCUAAGCGAAAAAGGUAGACAAAACCAUUUAUUUUGCUUCAGAUGAAGACUCCCAGCAAAGAAGAAGGAACUAGUUUUGUGUUGAUACAGUUGUGAUGUGAUCGUGGGGUAAAUAGUACUACUACUCGCUAACAACCAGGAGUGUAAUAGAUGAACUUGAUAUAGCUUACACAUAAGGUUGUAGAUUCUUAUCCAUAACAGGAUAAUGCUAUUCUCUGUAUCGUCUCCCUUUUCACUCUUUAGUGCUUCUGUAUAAUCUAUUCUCACACAUAUA